CUGCGGUCACACUACUUCUCCAAUCGGCGCUAUCGCGCGUCGCGGCGCAAUAAAAUUUGGAAAAUUUGUGUUAAUUGUGUUACAACGCCCAUUAUAAAACAAAAUAACUAUUGUAAAUACGUCGCGCGAGCUGCAUCACCAAAUGCCACUGGAAGGGGGGCCGUAGGAGUCGUGAGGCAGAACAUGAUUGUUAGGAAAUUUCGUUUUUGUUGCCUUUUGCUCUAUGGUUGUGUCUGCCUUGGUGUGUGCGUGUGUGGGUGCGUGCGAGUAGUCAAACAAAAGUAUUAAGCAAAAGUUACAUUUUGCAAAACGCUCAUUUCGGUUCGUUUCGAAAGGCAAAUCGCCCCGCUCCUGCGCCAGAGCUCGGACAAAUAGCAACCUACGCAAAAUGAAAAUCAGAAACAAAAAGAAAAACAGUGCAAGAAAAGGCGAUGCUGCAGCAAACAAUUGAAUUAACCAUUGAUGGAAAAUCCGUGAAAAUAUGUAGCUAUACUGCAAUAUUUUUGCAUGAAUUGACUAAACCACAACCAAACAGUUCUAACAACAAGUGUGCCAAAAUCAAAACGAAAAUAGUAAACGACAAAUAGAACAACCGAUUGCUAAAAUCCCAAUAGGAGAGGAGCGCUCCCCUUUUUCCCCAUCCCGUCUACUGUGGCUGCUGUUGUUUUUGGUUUUUAUUUUUAAUUUUUGGAAGUUUGUGCAGCAGCAGCUCUGAAUGUCUUUAUGCUUUAAUCAUGGUGUAUUUUGCCACCAACAACAACAACACCAACACAAUACGCUGCUAUAUUAAAAUCUUUCUGAUUACGAACCAUGACAGAAGGACAUGAAAGCGAAUUCUUAGUUACAGUACGCGCACAGGUAAUGACCAGAGACGAGAGCACCGAGGGCUGGCUACCGCUGGCCGGGGGUGGUCUGGCCAAUGUUUCCAUACGGAAGCGGGCUAGACUAUCCCCACUGGCAUCGGGUCAUGACUACAUCAUCUAUGGGCAGAGGAUCUCCGAUCAAAGUGUCAUCUUGAGCUGUGUCAUCAAUCGUGAUCUAAAGUAUUACAAAGUAAUGCCAACAUUUCAUCAUUGGCGCGCCGGCAAGCAGCGCAACGGCCUCACAUUUCAAACGGCCGCCGAUGCGCGGGCCUUUGACAAGGGCGUGCUGCGCGCCUAUAAUGAACUAAUUGAUGGACUGGCCAAAUCGAAUCCGACUAUUAUAUGCCCACCAUUGACAAAAUAUGAUUCGGUUGGUGAAGAUGAUGUAUUCAUGACCCUGGACUUACCUGUGGAGAGCGAGAGUUUACAAAAGAUACAUUCAAGCCCCGAGGGCAGCGAGAAAAGUCACAAGAGCAAGGACAGCUACAGCAACAAUUCCGAUUCGGAGAAGCUGCCAGCAGCACCAAUCCACUACAUAUCCACGGACAAGACAUCAACCACAACCACGACCCAAGAUGGACCACCAUCGUCUACUGCACCGGCACCGGGCGCCGCCCAGAUUGCGGCCAGCGAGAAUUACUCGUAUGUGACGCUGACCGCGGUCCACCACGACUACAACUAUCCGGUGGUGGACCAGCCAGUGGGGGCGCAGGUGCUUAACGCUCGCCGCGAGUCGAUCAGUGCACUGAAGAAGCGCAACGCACUGGAGGCGGCCCAGGCGAUGGCAGCUGCCCAAACGGUGGGCACGGCCGGGGGCGGGAAGGCGCUACAGAAGCAAAACGUAUCGGACAUACUCAAGAAGGAGACGCGCCUGCGGUGUCGCUACUGUCACGAGCUAUACAGCGAGGAGUUCAACCGGCGCGGGGCCUGCGAAUACGCCCCGGACACCUUUCGCACCGGCUACGAGUGCAUCUCGGGCAUGGGCUGUGCCAGGUGCAUGAUCUACCACUGCAUGAGCGAUGCCGAGGGCGAGACGGCCCAGCAUCCGUGCGAGUGCAGCGUGACGGAGGCCGGUUGUACCAAGCGCUGGCUGGGCCUGGCGGUGCUCUCUCUGUUCGUGCCCUGCCUCUGGUGUUAUCCGCCGCUGCGGGCCUGCCACUGGAUGGGCAUUCAGUGCGGCCUCUGUGGCGCCCAGCACAAACCGCAUGUCUGACAUUUGGAGGCCAGAUUGCAGGGACAAUACGAUGACGACCCCAGGCCCAGAAGCGAACUCCAGCAGCACAAAAACCAGCAGCCGAACCACCAAAACCAAAGCAAAAACCAGCUAAACCAGCAGCACCACCACCGCUGCCAGGCGGACGAGCAGGCCAGAGAUACAAAAAGUCAGACGCUGUGGCGCCCCAAGCCGCGCCAGUCGCCCCAGCCCCAGUCGCAGCCCCAAUCGCAGCGGCACUUUUACAACUGGGAACUGUCGCAGAGCCUGGGCGCACCACAGCAUCAGCAACAGCAGCCGGCGUAUCUGAUGCAGCCGCGUACCAGCAAGGCGGCCCAAAACGACUACGGCCGCCUGCUGUUCUAAGAAGAAGUGAAGAAGUGUAUCGCUUUUUGUGCGAUUUUGGGAGUUGCGUAUCCAAUCUGGCGAAUCCCUGUAAACUGUACUCCAUAUGAUUUGCCAUAUUUUAUUGUACAUACAAUAGCAAGCAAGCGAAUUUACGCAUGUGUUUUAUAUCAUACGAGUAUACAUACAUAUAUAUAAUUAUUUUAUAAUUGUAAUUGUAAUUUAUUAUUAGUGUUUAUCUCUCUCGCUUAAUUAUACUUUUGUAAAAACGGGCUCUUCUUUUAAUUCGUAAUUUUAUCAUUUACCACAUACACACAUACAGAUAUUGUAUACCGUAUACCGUAUACCGUAUCGUGUUGUUUUUCUACCAUACCAAUACACAAAUAUACUUUAAGUUUGUUAAUUUUAGUUUUAGUUGAUUAGGGAUUACAGGAAACUCACAAUUGUGCACAAUUCGAGAACUUGGAGAACAGUAUUAAUGCCGAGGCAGCGGCAAAAACAAGGACUUACAUAUAUUUUGAUUGGUGAAUGAGACUUUCACAAUGUCCAUCGCUCAAAUUGCACGAUAAGCAUGAAAAAUUCAACCUGAUGCGUCUUGACACGACAUGACAUGCAACACAAAAAAAAAAGAAACACACAACCCCAAACCCUUUCGCAUAGACUCCCCCUUUCCAACGGCUAAGAGAGAGAACUACAAAUUGUUUUUGACUCUGUUAAAAGAACCAACGCUCAAUGCUCAACCCUCGUGUCCCCUGGCUGCUCGACUAAAUCUUCACUUAAUCAAGAUUUACUUUUUAUACAAAACAAAACAAAAAGCAUUAAAUCAAUUAUUUACCUUCGAAAAAGAAUGAUUUUGACUCUUUCUAGGGCUCAUGAAGAUUCAAAAUAUUUCUUUUGCCAAAAACAAAAAAUUAUAAUUUCCAACAAAAUGUUAUGUUGAAAACAAAACCAAAACAACAGCAAAAAAAAAAGCAAAUCAAUGAAAAAAUGGGUAUGGGAAUACGAGAACAGCAGCAUUGAACUAUGUGAAAUCUUUUGAAAUCUAAAAUCUUAAUAGUUUGUAGAACGAAAAACAAUUUGUAAUUUUUAAGGAAACGCUGGAAGCUUUUGAGCCGUUUAUAAAAUGGCCAAAAGUAACGGCAUUUUGUGGAAAGGCUGGACCCACGAAAGGGGGGGACAGAACACGGACACACACGCAAACAUCAUAAACCAUAAACAAUUGUAAGUGUUUUGAAACAAACAAAAAAUUGAGGGGAAACUCUAUAUGCAGCUAUAUAUGUAUAUGUAUAAUAUAAUAAAAAAGGAAAA